AUGGCUUCGCAGAGUGGAAAUGCAUGGGCGCAGAUGAAGGCUCACGAGCAAAUGCAACAGCAGCAGCAGACUGCCAACACCAGCCUCGGUAAAGUCGCUCAGCAGCACACUACCAGUUUCGACAAAGGUAAGCAAGCAUCCAGUAUCUCCUCAACGGGGGUCCACGAUGUUUCCCCCCGAAGACGGAAGACCUUGAUGCUAAUAAGCUCGUUCGUCGUAGUCGCUAUACCUCGUAAGGGUCCAGUCAUGGGUGCCAGACCAACCACCUCACGCAAGUCGUCGGGUCUCGAUUACGACGCUGACCUCGCCCUUCCCAUGCCAAAGCCACGCCACCUUCCUGUGGAAGAUAAUGGCGAUUCCGUCGAGGCUUGCAAGUUGGACGUCAUGAGCAACCCUAACAUGACUAAGAAGCGUUCCGUCACCGAGCCAGCUCGGCCUGAAGACGUUCUGGAAAAUAACAAGGCGGACAAAAACAGUCAGAAAGAAAAAAUGAAAUCCAGAGUGGCUGCGCUCAGGUCCAAGCUCAGUCUCAAAGACCUCGCGAAGGAGUUCCGCAGGGACAGCUCUAAGAACGAGCCAGCAGCGGGCAAUGAAGGCGGACAGACCUCUGGCGUGGAUACCCAGGACCUCAACGAAGAGAAGCUGUAUGUCCCUAAGCCCCGAGAGCCGGGAGUCUACCCAUCGUCUGCACCACCCUUCCCGUUCAGGGACAUCAGCUUUGGGCAGUUUUCGCGGACGAGUGUUGAAUCCUGCGCUGUCGCUAGUUCCACGGCAAAUGACGAGCAGCCAAACAACGAAAAGUUAAGCCUUGGACCCUUUGCGGGCAGAAACGCCAUACAGAGCCCUGCCGAGCGAGAGAGUGAGAGGACAUUGCAGCUUGAUACCCUGCUACUGACUGGCUCUUCUCCUGCGGCCCGCGCAGGCGAGCUCGAAAACAGUGGACAGGCGCAGGUUAUCAGAGAGCAACCGAGCAUUCGCAGCCUAAGAGCGGAGAACGAUCUGGGCAGCCCUGCAUCAACAAAUAUCUCGUUCUACGCGGUGGAAGAUGAAUUUGCAGAUCCGAUCUCGCCUGCCGAGAUGAUCCCAGACCCUCCAAAUACUGCCCACAAACGGGGACGAGCUCACACGAAUGAACAUAGAUUUCCUCCAAGCUAUCCCGCACCUUUCAAUCAUGGUCACGGGGGAGUUCAGCCUACCGUGAUGACAGCAUAUCAACCAGCACUCGAAGAGACGCACACCCAGCAUCUCAAUGCUCAUCCUCACGCUGCAGUUGCUCAACACCCCUUCGCUGGAGUUACAAGUCACGGAGGCUAUGCCCCUCCUCCACCAGACCCAGACUACCAAAACACAGCGGACCUGGGUCAGCAGCUCACGUCUCAUAUCGAAGCAGUCCAUGUCCAUAUGAACAACGUUGUUCGUAGACAUUGCAGGGUGCUUGAGAACUCGAACAAUUGGUCAAAGGAUCAGAUUCUGCGACAGACAGACGCCAUGUUCGAUAUUCUGCGUUUGAUCAAUGCCCGCACGGCAGGCCAAAAUGAGGCCGUGUCAGACCUGCACCGCGCAAUUGAAAUUCAAAUGAGGCGUAUGGAAGAGAGCCAAAUCAACAAACUGAGAGGAGAAAUCAACGCGUCAAGAACGUCGCCUCAGAGGGCGUGUGCCUCCUGCAACUCAUCACCCGAUCCGAAGAUCACAGGUACUGAGUUGCAGGCAGCUCAAAAUACCCCGUUGAUACAAAUGGACAGCGGUGUGAACCAAGACAGGAAGAAAGGAAAGGAGAAGGAAAAAAGUGAGAACGUGUCUGGGGUUGAGGGCUCUUUGACCCAACACAACAACCAAGGACCCGCUCAAAACAUUCCGUCCACUACCGAGCCCUUCCGCAGCACGCCUUUGGGAGAGACACGCCGAGAGAUCACAGACUCUCAGGUGAAGAGAGGGGUGAGAAGAAACCCUGCUCAGGAGUCUUCAGGCUCUCCUGAGCCUAAGGCGCCCAAGCUUAGUCGUCACUCUGCAGCCAACUUUGCUCCUGAGAAUGGACAGAGUUCGCUCAUCCAGAACUCACACCUUGACACCAAUGAAGGUGUGAAGACCGCUCACAAGAAGGGGAUGUUUGGAUUCCGCCGCCGGGAUGAUGGUGAAAGUCGCGCUGGUGGCAAAUUCUUGCACACGCCCCGUCGGAAUAAGAAGACAAAGAAUUCCCAAGGACAGAACGGCCAUUCCCCAACGCCUUCUGUUCCAGCUGCUGCAGCCGGAGCCUCGCAGCCUUCGACACUCGCCGAGGGGAGCCCAAGCUCCAUCCAUCCCGCUUUACGCAAUGACAGACAGCAGCAGAUCAUGCGUGACCGGGAGCGCCUCAAAUCUCAGCCGCGUACGCAGACCGGACAGACGACUUCUGCAAUCGAGAAACCUACUCCGCAGAGACGCGGAUUGAAAAACUCGCAUCCUCACCAGAACAUCGGCACCAGGACACCAACCGCAAACCGCUUGCCUGUAAACGCCUUCGCUGUUACACCCUCUUCGUCUUUGUCACUCAAUAGGGAUAUCCAGUUGUGUUCCUCUGCGGCGGGUGUGCCCCAUCGAGCGCCCCCGAUGCUGCCGAGCUAUGCUGGCCAAACUCCACAUAAUAUACCUGCUUCCCUUCAGGUUACUGGUCCUGCUUCUGCUGCGACUUGGUAUCCGGCAGCGCACAGCGGAGCCUCGCCUGAGAGUAAUCAGAGCAACCAUCAUGCUUAG